GUCGACACCGGACCAGACUGUGGUGAUUGUUCCGUCUUACUCAGGAAGACCACAUAUGUCCGUCGCUUUUCUUCUAUAUAUUUAUGAUGGACAGUGACAGUGAGAAACCGGUCACUUUUUUUGGACUUUUUCCUCUGGAACGGACGACAAAAUAUUUUAUAAAGUAAGCUGCCUAAUUGACUUCGGUAGCGGUUUUGAGCCUUAGAAGUUUUUGAAUGUACGAUACGGGUCUUUAACUGCUGAAGUAUUUGCUAUUGAAGACAUUGAUAUUUCUUUACCUCUUGAUUGCGCUUCAAUCUUCCGAAGAGAACAAAAGAUGCCGGAUGCAAACGGCCAGGCGAAGCAGGAAGUUGCGGUCCUCAAGCUCCCGGAUGGAAAGGAACACUCGAUCAAAGUGUAUAGGGGGACUGAGGGUACGGAGAUGUUCCUGGACAUACGAGACCUGUACGCAAAAACCAACGCCUUCACCUACGACCCCGGUUUUUCCUGCACCGCUUCCUGCUCGUCGUCCAUCACCUUCAUCGACGGCAAUGAAGGAAUUUGUUGCUAUCGUGGCAUUCCCAUCGAGGAGCUGUGCGUCAAAUCCAAUUUCAUCGAGGUAUUCAUAACUUUCUACUCUUGGUCGCCGCGCAUACUGUACUUCUACUUUCUUGUCCGUUUGAAGAAAAAAACCCCGCCGACGAAUUAUCCUAGUGCGCGUUCGUCGGCAAAAAUCAUAUAGGCAACGGCGCACUGGAUCGCUCAGGCUGUUUCAUCAAGAGAGAGCCCUUCAUUUUGUACCGCACAUAAAUCACAAGGUGGCUUUCUUGUUGAUGACGGGGGAGCUGCCGAACCGAAACGAGUUGAAAGAGUUUCAGAAGGAGAUCAAGGCCAAUCUGCUCGUGCAUGAAAAGCUCAAGCGUAUGUUCGAAUCGUUUCGAAUGGAUGCGUAUCAAAUGCAAGUGUGUCUGGGUCGGGAAGAUUGCGCUUUUUUGUCAUGCAGGUUUUGCAUCAGGUUCACGCUGACAAACCUGAAACGCACACUGCAGCAUUACAGGUUUGUUUCGGGCAUUCUUUCCAAGCCCUAUCCUGCAUGAAAAAUGAAAAUUCGCCAUUAAUAAUCGAGCAGGAGAUGACGGGUAGGAGCUUAUGCAACACACAUUUUGUUUUUGGUAUGCUCCUGAGUAGUUUGCUGCAUUACAAGUUCGCAUCCUUGCCGACCCAGGCAUAUUUGCAAUGCAGAUUGCGCACCCCAUGGCGAUCAUGGUAGCAGUGACCGGUGCGCUCUCGGCUUUUUUUAGCGAACUGGACCAGUCGGAUCCCGAGUUUCGAUGGCUGGCCACCAUCCGGAUGGUAGCAAAGUUUCCGACGCUCGCGGCCCUGGCAUACAAAACGCACUUGGGGGAACCGGCCGUGUGGCCGCAGGUAGAAAGUUCGUUGUACAAUUCCGCAAAAAGUAACUUGUCGAGGUGUCGUUCCGUAGUGCUUUAUGUACUAAAAGAAUGAGACGGGCAGGAUUCACAUGUUGUGGUCCUCGUUUUCUGUACUUAUCUGCCCUAGCACGAGUAAGUACACCAACUAGAAAUUGUGUUGCUGAUGCGCUUUUCAAUGAUCAAAACUUUUAUAUGCAAAAUGAAGGCCAAGAUGGGUUUCGCGGAGAACUUUUUGCACAUGAUGUUUGCCACCCCGCUGGAGGAGUACAAGGUGAACCCCAUUCACGCCAAGGCGAUAGACGUGUUUUUGAUCCUGCACGCGGACCACGAGCAGAACGCCUCCACGUCGACCGUGCGCAUUGCCGGUAGCUCCCAGGCCAACCCUAUCGCAUUUAAAAAUGUCCCCAUCCCAUAGUUGUAAUGCAAAUCUGCAUGCUGAGCAUGUUUCUCAUGCGGAGCCCCAUGAGAAGCAUUUUCUAGUCGUCUUUUGGAAUUCGUCAUGCUCCAAUCAGCAUGGUGUACUAGAUCUGUGAUGCUGCUCAGGUAGCUCAAACAGCACUACACUACGAGUCCAAAUCUGUCAUGCAAAAGAGCCGAAACUUGUGCAUUUGUCUAGCCGAUUCCCCAUCUUGACUAUGGGGUGGGGACGUUUUUACAUAGGAUAAAACCCUACGCGUGCGUGGCCGCGGGGAUCGCGAGUCUGUGGGGCCCCGCGCACGGCGGCGCCAACGAGGCGGUGAUCAAGAUGUUUGAGGAGAUCGGGCACAAGGAGAACAUCCCCACUUUCCUGGAGAAGGUGAAGCGCAAGGAGACCCGGCUGAUGGGGUUCGGACACCGCGUCUACAAGAACUUCGACCCCCGCGCGCAGCAGAUGCACAAGCUGUGCCACCAGGUGCUGAACGACCUGGACGUGCUGGACCCGCACUUGGAACUGGCGAUGGAACUGGAGCGGAUCGCGCUAUCGGACGAGUACUUCAAGAAGAGGAAACUGUACCCGAACGUGGACUUCUACUCGGGGAUCAUCCUCCGCGCCAUCGGUAUCCCCACCUCCAUGUUCACGGUCAUGUUCGCCAUGGCGCGGUGCGUGGGGUGGUGCUCGCACUGGCUGGAAAUGCACCAGGAGGACCAGAUGCGCAUCGGGCGGCCCCGCCAGCUGUACGUGGGGAGCACGCGGCGCGAGUUUGUGCCGAUGCAGGAGCGUCCCGGCUACGCGGACUCCCCGACGGAGGGGGAAUCUCGGGCCAGCAGCAAGUCCGUUCCGGGAGGUGGGCAGAACUUCAUGCUGGAGCCCCACCACCCGUUGGCGGCCGCCUCGCCAGGCAACGCGAGCGGCGCCCGUAUCUCCGAGUUUAUCCAGGGUCUCGCCCGCCGCGAAAGCGUGACUACCUCGUCUUUCAAAAAGUCGGUGCCCGAUGACACGGGCGCGAGCGCGCGGAAAGCCCGGACUUCCGAGUCCAAAACAAUGUCUCCCCGCAACCAACCCCUGGGCUCCGUGGAAGAGCGAAAAAGUCAAGAACAAUGAAGCUGAUAAUUAGGCACGGACAAUGUUGAAGCGUUCCUUUCGUUCUCUCAAAAGACGAAUUUGCAAAAUUUUCCUUUUCCGCAUCCUAUACUCGACGACGCCUUGGUUCUUUUUACGUUUCGAUUUUUUAUUGUAGUAAAUGCCCACAUCGUCCAUCAUGCCAGAGAUGUCGAUGCACUGUGGAAACUCCUCAGUGCGGAAGUUCAGGUUUCUCUCUGUAGGGAGAAGCUGUUGAAUCAAGCCUGCCAUGAAAAAAUCAUUUUAAGUAGAAGCCCGUUCCUGGUAUCCAGCAGCGAGGGCGCGAAAGCUGUCCUAGAUAUCCUUAAAAUGUACCAGAAGGCGGAGGCGAGAGAGACGCAUGGCGUAAAGCACUCCGUUGGCAUAAAGCACAUCUAC